AUGAAAUCAUAAAGCUAAGCUCCUAAACCAGAUUUCUGUUUACUAGAAAAACAAGCUCCAUCAUUACCUGAUGAUGGCAUCUCUCAGGAAAGCAAGAAAUCUUUUGAUUUUUAGAAAGAUGAAAUACUUAAGACUCGAUAUGAUAGAUUUGGAAAUCAGAUUGAUAAAAAGAAACGGCAGCAGUAAGUGUCCUUUAGAGACAGAAUAGAAAAAAAAUAAAAAUUAUAUGAUCUCAUCGAAUUUGAUUAUUUCGAACUGGAAUUGGACUACAAGGAGAAUUUACAAUUAAGAAAUAAUUAAAAGUAGUGUUGCUAAAUUUAAUGA